AUGCAGGAGCAGUGUAGUGAAAUUAACAAUAAAGUAGAAACGACAGCAGCACAUAAUACUCCAUCAUGUUGGAUUAAAGAUAAUGACUAUAACAAGAGAAAAGAACAACUAUCUCAGAAUAUUAAAAUCAUGAACAAUUUACAAAACUCUGUUAAUAUUAAUAAUUCUGAAUACUGUGAAUGUGAUUGUAGUGGAGUGGAAAAACUGGAAUCAUCUUUAACCAGUCAUGUUGUUGCAUUCCCCAAUUGUAAACACUAUCAAGAAAAGAAUGAUCAUUUGAACUUUGCAAAUGAACCUAUGGACAGUGAUAUUUCCAAGCAGAAAUAUGAUGAGGGUAGACCGAUUUCUAUUCAAAUAAAUGACCAGGUUCAUUUAACAGAAACACGAGAUUGUUAUGAUACAGUCAACAAAAUUCCUAAUGAAAAUUCGACAGGAAGAAUUAAAGAUGACGAAAACCUUCAAAUUUCAAGUGCCGUGUUAAACAGCGUAACCAGCAACAUUGACGAAAGUAAUAACCUAUGCAAAUCAGAACAGGACUAUACGAAUCAAUACGAUAAGCAUGCCAACAAAGCACAGAUUGAGAAUCAUAUACAAGGACACCCGAGUAAAUUGUGCUCAAGGUCUGACAGUAGCGUAGAACAAACCCAAAAUUGCCACCAAGAAACCAACAUAAAACCCCCUGAAAACUACAGUGAAAAACAAAACAACACAAGUCCCACAAAAGAAAAUAAUCAAAGACGCAACCUGAGAACGUAUUGUUCAACAUUCGGUGGUUGCACGACAUACAAAGCAAAUUUCCGUGGAAUUCCAGAGAAGAGAGUUGAGCCGGUGAAGAAGCCAGACAAUCUGAAGGUGUUUGACGGUGCUUUUGAGAAUUGUACAAACUAUCGGACAGAUUAUCGUGGAGCGGAUGAAGGUCGUCCGAGUCCGAUAAAGAUGGUGGACAACUUGAAAACGUCUGGUGAUCGAUUUGACGGUUGUACGAUGUACAGAACAGAUUUCCGUGGGACUCCAGAGAAGAGAGUUGAGCCAGUGAAGAAGCCAGACAAUCUGAAGGUGUUUGACGGUGCUUUUGAGAAUUGUACAAACUAUCGGACAGAUUAUCGUGGAGCGGAUGAAGGUCGUCCGAGUCCGAUAAAGAUGGUGGACAACUUGAAAACGUCUGGUGAUCGAUUUGACGGUUGUACGAUGUACAGAACAGAUUUCCGUGGGACUCCAGAGAAGAGAGUUGAGCCAGUGAAGAAGCCAGACAAUCUGAAGGUGUUUGACGGUGCUUUUGAGAAUUGUACAAACUAUCGGACAGAUUAUCGUGGAGCGGAUGAAGGUCGUCCGAGUCCGAUAAAGAUGGUGGACAACUUGAAAACGUCUGGUGAUCGAUUUGACGGUUGUACGAUGUACAGAACAGAUUUCCGUGGGACUCCAGAGAAGAGAGUUGAGCCAGUGAAGAAGCCAGACAAUCUGAAGGUGUUUGACGGUGCUUUUGAGAAUUGUACAAACUAUCGGACAGAUUAUCGUGGAGCGGAUGAAGGUCGUCCGAGUCCGAUAAAGAUGGUGGACAACUUGAAAACGUCUGGUGAUCGAUUUGACGGUUGUACGAUGUACAGAACAGAUUUCCGUGGGACUCCAGAGAAGAGAGUUGAGCCAGUGAAGAAGCCAGACAAUCUGAAGGUGUUUGACGGUGCUUUUGAGAAUUGUACAAACUAUCGGACAGAUUAUCGUGGAGCGGAUGAAGGUCGUCCGAGUCCGAUAAAGAUGGUGGACAACUUGAAAACGUCUGGUGAUCGAUUUGACAGUUGUACGAUGUACAGAACAGAUUUCCGUGGGACUCCAGAGAAGAGAGUUGAGCCAGUGAAGAAGCCAGACAAUCUGAAGGUGUUUGACGGUGCUUUUGAGAAUUGUACAAACUAUCGGACAGAUUAUCGUGGAGCGGAUGAAGGUCGUCCGAGUCCGAUAAAGAUGGUGGACAACUUGAAAACGUCUGGUGAUCGAUUUGACGGUUGUACGAUGUACAGAACAGAUUUCCGUGGGACUCCAGAGAAGAGAGUUGAGCCAGUGAAGAAGCCAGACAAUCUGAAGGUGUUUGACGGUGCUUUUGAGAAUUGUACAAACUAUCGGACAGAUUAUCGUGGAGCGGAUGAAGGUCGUCCGAGUCCGAUAAAGAUGGUGGACAACUUGAAAACGUCUGGUGAUCGAUUUGACAGUUGUACGAUGUACAGAACAGAUUUCCGUGGGACUCCAGAGAAGAGAGUUGAGCCAGUGAAGAAGCCAGACAAUCUGAAGGUGUUUGACGGUGCUUUUGAGAAUUGUACAAACUAUCGGACAGAUUAUCGUGGAGCGGAUGAAGGUCGUCCGAGUCCGAUAAAGAUGGUGGACAACUUGAAAACGUCUGGUGAUCGAUUUGACGGUUGUACGAUGUACAGAACAGAUUUCCGUGGGACUCCAGAGAAGAGAGUUGAGCCAGUGAAGAAGCCAGACAAUCUGAAGGUGUUUGACGGUGCUUUUGAGAAUUGUACAAACUAUCGGACAGAUUAUCGUGGAGCGGAUGAAGGUCGUCCGAGUCCGAUAAAGAUGGUGGACAACUUGAAAACGUCUGGUGAUCGAUUUGAUGGUUGUACGAUGUACAGAACAGAUUUCCGUGGGACUCCAGAGAAGAGAGUUGAGCCAGUGAAGAAGCCAGACAAUCUGAAGGUGUUUGACGGUGCUUUUGAGAAUUGUACAAACUAUCGGACAGAUUAUCGUGGAGCGGAUGAAGGUCGUCCGAGUCCGAUAAAGAUGGUGGACAACUUGAAAACGUCUGGUGAUCGAUUUGAUGGUUGUACGAUGUACAGAACAGAUUUCCGUGGGACUCCAGAGAAGAGAGUUGAGCCAGUGAAGAAGCCAGACAAUCUGAAGGUGUUUGACGGUGCUUUUGAGAAUUGUACAAACUAUCGGACAGAUUAUCGUGGAGCGGAUGAAGGUCGUCCGAGUCCGAUAAAGAUGGUGGACAACUUGAAAACGUCUGGUGAUCGAUUUGAUGGUUGUACGAUGUACAGAACAGAUUUCCGUGGGACUCCAGAGAAGAGAGUUGAGCCAGUGAAGAAGCCAGACAAUCUGAAGGUGUUUGACGGUGCUUUUGAGAAUUGUACAAACUAUCGGACAGAUUAUCGUGGAGCGGAUGAAGGUCGUCCGAGUCCGAUAAAGAUGGUGGACAACUUGAAAACGUCUGGUGAUCGAUUUGACGGUUGUACGAUGUACAGAACAGAUUUCCGUGGGACUCCAGAGAAGAGAGUUGAGCCAGUGAGGAAGCCAGACAAUCUGAAGGUGUUUGACGGUGCUUUUGAGAAUUGUACAAACUAUCGGACAGAUUAUCGUGGAGCGGAUGAAGGUCGUCCGAGUCCGAUAAAGAUGGUGGACAACUUGAAAACGUCUGGUGAUCGAUUUGAUGGUUGUACGAUGUACAGAACAGAUUUCCGUGGGACUCCAGAGAAGAGAGUUGAGCCGGUGAAGAAGCCAGACAAUCUGAAGGUGUUUGACGGUGCUUUUGAGAAUUGUACAAACUAUCGGACAGAUUAUCGUGGAGCGGAUGAAGGUCGUCCGAGUCCGAUAAAGAUGGUGGACAACUUGAAAACGUCUGGUGAUCGAUUUGAUGGUUGUACGAUGUACAGAACAGAUUUCCGUGGGACUCCAGAGAAGAGAGUUGAGCCGGUGAAGAAGCCAGACAAUCUGAAGGUGUUUGACGGUGCUUUUGAGAAUUGUUCAGACUAUCGAAGAGAAUAUGUCGCAAAAGAUAUCACACGCGUGUCUCCUAUUAAGAAGACGGAUAAUCUUGUAACAUGUAGUGGUCUGUGUGGUUCUGGGUGUGUUGGCUUCAGUGAUGGUAAUGGCUGUUUAAAUGGAUUAGCGGAUACUUCGCGCAACUCGUCGCUUUGUUGCAGUACAUCUGGUGGACCUACGAAAAAUCAGUUGUGUCUCGGCGUCGAUGAUGCAUGCUGUUUUGGGAACAGGACAACAUAUCGUGUUCAAUUCCGGAAACCUAGUAUGCAUAGGCGAAGUCUGCGGAAGCCACGUGACAAUUUGUUUGUAUGUAGGUGCCGUAGCUGCAACAAAAUGCUAUGCUCUCCUUGUUCUUGUUCUCAAGUGGAUUUCAGGAAUGUAAAUAGUGUUGAUGGAUGUUUACUGUCUUUAUCAGCAUAA